AUGACCUUGCUACAACAUUUUCAAGUAGGAUAUGCAGGAGGUUCCACUAGCAACAUUAAUGCCACUAGUGGCAGUGCCAAUUUUGCAGGUAUUGUUGUCUGUACUUCUUCUAUUGAUUUUGAAAAACCUUCAUGCAAAUAUUUUGAAUCAAAGGCUGAUCUUUGGAUUAUAGACUCAGGAGCAUCCAACCAUAUGACUUUUAACCGACAUGCACUCACCAAUAUCACCAAAUUACCCUAUCCCUUAUUGAUAAGUCUACCAAAUGGAUACAGAGUAAAGGUUCUUGAAUUUGGAGAUGUGAUACUUUCUUCAGACAUUGUUCUACAUAGGGUCCUUCAUGUCCCAUCAUUCAAGUAUAACUUGAUUUCUGUUCACUCCCUUGCAGUACACCUUAGAUGUAUUGUGUUUUUCAGUGAUGCACUUUGUCUGUUGCAGGCCCCUUCAGUGAAGAGGCCUCAGGUGAUUGGUAGUAGCAAAGACAGUCUGUACUAUCUCUGUUCCAGAUGUUUGAAGGGUAAAAGAACUGUCUUACCUUCUGUUGUUUCAACUUCCUAUUGCAAUUGUAUUCCUGCCCCUCAAUCUGUAAAUAGUCAUGAGUCUGUUAGUCAUACUCAUUCAUGUCACACUCCUCAAUCUGUAAAUACUUCCAUUUCAAGUAAUAAGAACGAGCCUUCAUAUGUGUUUGAUAAGUAUGAUGUAAAUUCUCUGUGGCACAAUAGGCUUGGUCAUGUUCCUUUUGUUAAAAUGAGAGGGAUAUCCUCAAUCCCUGUAAAAUUUACACCAGGACAACCAUUUAUCUGCCCUGCCUUAAAGGCUUUUGUGACCAUGAUUGAAAACCAAUUCAAUACAUCCAUAAAGACCAUUAGAUCUGAUAAUGGCUUGGAGUUCACCAGCCCUGAAGCCCUUUCAUUCUACCAAUCUAAAGGGAUCAUACAUCAGAAAACAUGUCCCUAUACACCACAACAAAAUGGUGUAGUGGAGAAAAAACAUACAUAUCUUCUUGAAACUGCCAGGGCUCUCAUGUUCCAGUCCAAACUCCCAACCAAAUAUUGGGGAGAAUGCAUCCUAACAGCCACUUAUUUGAUAAAUAGGCUGCCAACCACUUACCUUAACAACAAAUGCCCCUUUGAGUUGUUGUAUCAAAAGAAGCCUCAUUAUUCUCACUUAAGAAGCUUUGGAUGCUUAUGCUAUCCCACUUUACCCAAAAUACACAGAGACAAAUUUGAACCAAGAACUACUCCUCACAUCUUUGUAGGAUAUCCAUUUGGGACAAAAGGUUACAAGGUACUAAGCCUAGCCACCAGGAGAAUUCACAUCUCCAGAGAUGUAAUCUUCCAUGAAAAUGUUUUUCCAUUCUCCUUAAGUUUUGAAAAUGCUUCCUUUCCCGCUGUUCUUAGAACAGUCUCUUCUCCUAACUAUGCUGAAGUUAGUAGUCAGGUUCUCCGUAUGAAUUUAGGACAAAGUCCUGUUAGUGUCACAUCUCCAGAGAUAGAGCACCACUCUGAGACAUCUAUUAAUGAUACACCUUCUCCAAACACCACUGACCCUCCAUCCACAAAUGAUAACAACUUACAGCCUUCAUCUACACAUGUUCAGUCAGAAGCACCAUUUUUAAGGAAAUCCAGCAGAAGUCAUCAAACUCCUGCCUACUUAAAAGACUAUGUUUACCAACUACCCAGUAGUUCUGCUCAACUUUCCACUGUCACACAACAUUUCACCCCUUCACUAAAAGCCCUAUUUUCCAAUCAUCAUCAUAUCACUCCUGAUGCUCUAUCUACUGAAAGUCAGCACUUGAUGCAAAAAUGUUUGCCAUGA